AUGCAGCUGCAGUUCUUGGCUCAAUGCACGCCUCUGGGCUUGGCCCUGCAGCAGCAUCUCGACGGCACAGGCGAGGCAGUCGAUCUGCAGGCCAAUCCAAGGCAAGACGGCCAAGCUUUGCCCGCCCCGGCGCUGCACCUCGUUUUUUUGAUUCGCACUCCGGCCAUGGCACGCGCUGACAACUCAGGUAGAGCUGCCCAUGCUCUGCUGUGUCGUGUUGUGCACAUGCUCACCUUUCCAUACCUGGCCGGCAGCAUCUGGCACCGCAACCACCAACCCCCACCAAGCCCCGUCACCACCACCACCACCAUCAUCACCACCACCACUGACACCAACUCCUUCCCGCCCACAGCGCGACCACAACAACAACGCCCAGCCAGCUGUGCCGGACCACGACCUACCGAACAGCAAAUAGCCACAGCCACACUACCAUAA